GUGAUCUCAUAAGUGUGUGAAGAAAAAGUUAAAAACGAGGUUAUAUUCUUGUGUGUCUUUUUUUUUUUUUUGAGAAAAAAGUUUAGUAAUUUGUUGCAAGUGAAGUGAUCAUAGGUGAUUCAGAAGGAAUGGGAAAACACGUAAUAUUUGCUUGUGCGCUAGUUGCUUUAAUCGCCCAAGUUCGUGGCCAAAUCGUACCUCUCAAAAUUAUUGAUAAUGCACAUGAAAAACUCGCAGUUUGUAUAGAUGGGUCUCCAGCAGGCUACCACUAUGAUCCAGGAUUUGGCGACGGGGUUAAUAACUGGAUUGUUUAUUUAAUGGGUGGUGGAUGGUGUGCACAUUGGACUUGCUAUUUAAGAAUGGGUGAAUUUCAUGGUGGCACGAAAAACGUUCACGUCGGACCUGAAACUUUUAGUGGAAUCUUAAGUUCGGAUCAAUCAGUUAAUCCAGAAUUCUACAAUUGGAAUAGAGUUUUUCUUCGAUACUGUGAUGGGGCGUCUUUUCUAGGAGAUACUGAACAAGAUGAUAACGGGCGCCUCGUCCAAUUUAGGGGGUCAAGAAUCUUUAGUUCUGCAAUGGAUGAGCUGCUGCAAAAAGGAAUGAAAAAUGCAGAAAAUGCUCUUCUUACUGGUUGUUCGGCAGGUGGAUUAGCGACUAUACUACAUUGUGAUGAAUUCAAAUCACUUCUACCGAAUGCUAAGAGAGUGAAAUGUGUUGCGGAUUCUGGUUUUUUCAUUCGAGCAAAGGACUUCCCUGGUGCAGAAGGCCGGGAAAAGAAUUUCAGAAAUGUGAUUGAUUUCCAUAAAUUAUACGAUAUAUUGCCUAAGUCAUGCACCUCGAAAGUGAAUGUUAGUUUGUGCCUUUUUGCCGAAUAUUUGGUUGGAGAUGUUCAGACACCACUCUUCUUAUUGAACCCCAUUUUCGACUCAUAUCAGGUAAAAUAUUUGAGCCCUAAUCCUCCUGAGCUUGAGGGUUGGAACACUUCUUGCAUCAAUGUUACAGCUAUUCCGGCGCCUCCUCCUACUCCAAAUACCUGCACACCACCUCAAAUGAAAUUCAUCAAGGAUUUUGGGGCUACAUUCUUAGAUGCAAUAAAUGGACUUCCUGAUAAUCCAUCAAGAGGGCUUUUCAUGACCUCUUGCUUCUAUCAUGUUUUAACCGUAUCAAAUGCUCUUUGGAAUGGACCAACCUGCAAACUGCAAGAUAAGACUAUUUCACAAGCUAUUGGCGAUUGGUAUUUCGAUCGAAGUCCUAUCAGAAUGAUAGACAAUCGGAUUGAUGCUCCUGUUAAGUGUGGAUAGAAUUAGCCGAUCCAAAAAAAAAGUGUUCUUAUUUCAUGUAGCGAUUAUAAAUAAAAAUAUUAAUAGUAAUUUAUGGCUGCAA